AUGGCCGCAAGUGGUCACUGUUUUAUGGAGUGGAACGAGCAAUAUGUUUCAAAGGAGCGUGGCAACCGUGUGGUUCACUAUUUCUUAAAGGAUAUGUCGGGGGAAUCCAUUCUUGCCGUUGUGGGCACUGAGAGAAGUGUUAGGCACAUGUUCUAUGUUGUUUCUGAUGAGUUCUUGAAUGUUCAUGGGGGUGAGAAUUCGGUCCAUGCUGGCUUCAGAUGGAGGUCACGGAGAGAGGUUGUCAACUGGCUCACAUCUAUGCUAUCAAAGCAGCACGGGCAAGGUGGUUUUGCUGAAUCGGCAAAAGAUGAUCCUGUGUCUGGAGUCGGUGCUCAACAAACCUACAUGCGAGAUUAUAAGGGUCAUCUCGCAAGGAAUUUGAAAGGACACACUUCGGACAUUGUCUGGUCAGGUGUAGCAUGGUCUUGCGGCAAACAACUCAAGCACUACCCAGCAUUUUGCAGGAAUGGGAUUACAAUAGUG